AUGGUUGACGGAAAUACAUCGGAUGAACUAUCUGUGACGUGGGGAGUGCCCCAGGGCUCUGUAUUAGGACCACUGCUUUUUCUAAUCUACAUUGAUAAUCUACCUAUAUCGGUUAGAUCAACUUGUAAAUUAUUUGCAGAUGACAUGUCUUUAUACAUAACCGCAACUGGCAUCACAACUGCUGUCAAAGUUAUGAAUCAAGAUCUUGCAGAAAUCGCUGCAUGGUUGGUGAAAUGGCGACUAUUUUUAAAUGUGAAAAAGUGUGCAGGAAUGUUGUUUACGCUAGAUCGGUUGGCGACAGCUUCACCAUUAGUUAUUAACAACAUCCAGUUAAAUUAUGUCGAUAAGCACACUCAUUUAGGGCUAAUACUGACACCCAAUUUGAGUUGGAAAGAACAUAUAAAUAAAUAUAAAGUGCUCAUAUGUAAUUGGCUCGAUGAAAUAUCUGAGUAG